AUGAUAGGAAUGAUGAAAAUGAAUUCAAUGAUGUGUUUAUCAUCUCUAAUCUACAUUAGGUUCAUAAUGAUAAAAGCGAUUAAGAUUGACAAUAAUAAUAAAAUUAUGAUUCAUCAAAAGAUUAAGUUUUCAAUAAUGAUAUUGCUAUUUAAUAGAUGGUUAAUCAAGUAAGAAGUAUUAAAAAGUGGCUUGUAAUAUAGCGAUAGUCAAUAACCUUUGAAUAUGAUUAAAAAUUAAGAAAUUUUGUAAUAGGAAUUGAUUGUGGAUGAACAAAGUGUUUCGAUCUAAAUAUUUAGAAAAAAUUAAGAAUUAUUUUGA